AUGCCUGUGUUUCGGUUGGGUUUGACCUGUGUACGAGUGGAAAUACCUCUUUCUGUGCUGGCCAUCCUGCAAGCCGGCCUCCGAGCCGGAGGCGUGGCGGUGCGGCCGCGGUGCCGUUCGGCUGCGCAGCGCGGUGUGCCCGCAGCCCGGCUGCCCCUCCUGUCAGCCAGCCGCUUGAGCUCCGAGGGGCGGUGGUCGGACGAACGAUACUUAUCCUCAGUUACGGGUUUUGUCCAUCAGAAUUCCUCUACGUACUGGGAGGGAAAAGCUGACAUGGAAACUCUGCAGCGAAUCUAUGGAAUAUCCUUCCCUGAUAACAAAAUGAUGAAGGAAUGGGAGAAAUUCCAGGAAGAAGCUAGAAACCGAGAUCAUAGGAAAAUUGGAAAGGAGCAAGAACUCUUCUUCUUUCAUGAUUUGAGUCCUGGAAGCUGCUUUUUCCUCCCCAGAGGUGCCUUUCUUUAUAAUACACUCACAGAUUUCAUACGAGAGGAGUAUCACAAGCGUAAUUUUACUGAAGUUGUAUCUCCAAACAUCUUCAACAGUAAACUCUGGGAAACUUCUGGGCACUGGCAGCACUACAGUGAAAAUAUGUUCUCUUUUGACAUAGAGAAGGAAACUUUUGCGCUUAAACCAAUGAACUGUCCAGGACAUUGCUUGAUGUUUGCCCAUCGUCCACGAUCCUGGAGGGAAAUGCCUCUAAGACUUGCAGAUUUUGGAGUUCUUCACCGAAAUGAACUCUCUGGCACUUUAAGUGGCUUGACUCGUGUAAGGCGCUUCCAACAAGAUGAUGCUCACAUCUUCUGUACAAUAGAACAGAUUGAAGAAGAAAUUAAGGGCUGUCUUGAUUUCUUGAAGUCAGUUUAUUCUAUCUUUGGCUUUACCUUCCAAUUGCAUCUUUCAACAAGACCCGAAAACUAUCUAGGAGAAUUAGAGAUCUGGGACCAUGCAGAAAAGCAACUUCAAAACAGCUUGGAUAACUUUGGAGUACAGUGGACAUUGAAUCCAGGAGAUGGGGCAUUUUAUGGUCCUAAGAUUGAUAUUAAAAUCAAAGAUGCUCUUGGCAGAUACCAUCAGUGUGCUACUAUCCAACUUGACUUCCAGCUACCCAUUCGAUUUAAUCUUACUUACGUUGGCAAAGAUGGAGAUGAUAAAAAGAGGCCAGUGAUUAUUCACAGAGCUGUUUUGGGAUCUGUGGAGAGAAUGAUAGCUAUUUUAGCAGAAAAUUAUGGAGGAAAAUGGCCAUUCUGGCUGUCUCCACGGCAGGUCAUGGUUGUGCCUGUGGGACCUACUUCUGAAGGGUAUGCACAGCAGGUUUGCACUGAGUUUUUUGAAGCAGGAUUUAUGACAGAUGUGGAUCUAGAUCAGAGCUGCACAUUGAACAAGAAAAUCAGAAAUGCACAACUGGCUCAAUAUAACUUUAUCUUAGUGGUUGGUGAAAAGGAGAAAGCAAAUCAUGCUGUCAAUGUGAGAACAAGAGACAACAAAGUUCAUGGAGAAAUUUUGGUAUCUUCUGCAAUUGAGAAACUCAAGAAAUUUAAGAGUUUGCGUCUUCCAAAUGCAGAAGAAGAAUUCUGAUGUUGCUACUAAGGAAAAAAACUACAGAUAUUAACUGCCCGUGUGAAAUGGUGUUGCUUUCCUUCUCUAUAGCAGUAAUGUUCAUCUGAAAGAAUUUGAAGAAUGGAUGCACAAACCAAGCAAAGGUAGCAGUAUUGAUUCUCCAAGAAUAGCAUGAGAAAACAAAUGCAGUGGUGACUCCUUUGAUGUCCUGUGGGACUCCACUCAUUGAUGGUUGCUGAACACUUUUUUUCAGGCAUCCUACACUUCUGCUAAAAUAUGUCAGUUUUACUAUGUAAAUAAGUAGUGCUGUACUAGCUGAAGGAGCGGAAGGCUGGGAAAUGUGCUGACUGCAGCUGCUGAACUACCUCAGUCACGCAGCAGCUGCUGAACUGACAUGGCUUGGAAUCUUGGGUUUUGCUUUUUCUAACUCUGAAUUGUCAAAUACGUGUCAAAUAUUGGAGUAAGGGAGUAGCCUGUUCCUUCAUGAGUAUGCUCACAAGUGAUGAAUAUCAGUUGGAAAUCACAAUGUAACAAGGUACUGAAUGAGCCCACGCCUUCGGUAACUGCUUGCUGUAAAGGUGAUUGCCAAAAAUGAAGUUGAAUUAACCGCCCUAUCUGUGUGUGGGAAGUGUUUUAUUUCUGCCUGUUGUUGACUUGGUUCUUUGAAAACAGUCAAAAAAAAUCCCACUCAAUUUGCCUUUCAAAGAAAUGGAUGUGUGAUUUACUGCUGUGGUUGCUUGGGAUACUGUGUGCUAAAACUGGGUGAUGUAAUCUUCAUUUUUUUGUUUUAAGUAUGUUGGAAUACAAAUUGGUUCUACUUACCUGAUCUGAUUGUUUAUGCUUAUAAAUGAUUUUUAAAGCUAA